CGGGAACUGAGACAUUUUCCAAAGCAUUAGCUUUUGAAAUAAUGUCACAGAUACAUAUUUAAUUGCCGUGUUUAACUUUCAAGAUCAGUUCCUUUGAACUGUAACUUCAUAAAGUGCAGACAGGUGAGGUGCAGGUGAGUGAUGCCUGUGUGUUCUAGCAGUGACUGUCCCCAUCUACAGUGUGUUGGAGAGAUCACCAAGGAAGAGCUCAUCCUCAAGUCUCAUGGCCAGUGCCAAGACUGCAAAGUUGGAGGACCGAAUCUUUGGGCGUGUCUGGAGAACGGCUGUGUGUAUGUGGGCUGUGGAGAAUCUCACACUGACCACAGCACCAUCCACUCACAGGAGACUGGGCACAACCUGACCGUGAACCUGACCACUCUGAGGGUGUGGUGUUAUGCCUGUGGGAAAGAGGUGUUCCUGGAGCGAAAACUGGGCCCUCACUGCCCUGUCCCCAGCACCAAGACCCUCGCUUCACCUCUCACCAACACACAGGAAGGUAGCAGGGUGUUGGGCCGCUCCACCUCUCUGAGACUGCCCCCUACUGGUGGCUGUGAAGACCUGGGCAUGGAGACGGAGGAGGAGGACGACGAGCUCCGCCCCAGAGGUCUGACGGGACUGAAGAACACAGGAAACACCUGCUUUAUGAACGCAGCCCUGCAGGCCCUCUCUAACUGGUGA